AGCUGAGUGGUGAUGGCAUUAGAAUACUGGUAGAGUAUGCUCGCCGUGCGGCUGGGUUAGAGUCUCUCUAUCCCAUAAAAGUAAGGAAGGCGGAGUAUGCAGAUAUAGAAAUUGACCUUACAGAGUAUACAAUUGAUAAUUUCUUUACCAAUUACGAUAUUUUUACUAUAAAGAAUGAGUUAUCUCGUUGGAGUAUUCUCUUGCAAACGAAGGACGGUAUUGCAGAAGAGGAAAGGAUUAUGCGAGAUGUCGAUUUCCAUGAUUCAACUAACCAUACCGCAUGCAGAUCGAAUUAUAAUCGCUGGGACGUUUAUCCUGUCAUUCUAGAAGGUCCUUACAUCACUGCUUUUAAUUCUGACGGAUCAAUCAUCCCUCUCCCUGAGGACUUUCCCGCUUAUAAUCCUUGGGAGUUCAAAUGGAUUGAGAGAGAGUCUGUGUUGAAGAAGGAUCUGAAGAUUCAUGGGAAGAAAAGCACAUUGGAAGCGUUACGCUCGAUCAUUGAUGAACCGAAGGUCAAGGGAAAAACUGGCGCUUCCAAAUCCUCUGUGAAUAAUCCUCCCAACAAGAGAAAUCCUCAUUAGAAAAGAAAAAUGUCUUCUCUAACUCCCGUAAUGAAAUGCUCUCUCUGGAUGAUUUUUACACUGCAUGGCCUAUGGCUCAAUUGUCAAGUAUCUUUUCUAAAUCGUUUGCUGCCAUUAAUGAUGAAGAGUUGACCCGCGCAUGCAAAGCGGUUUCCACAAUUUGUGAUGCUCCCUCUUUGCAUCACGACUCUUAUCAAGGAACUUCCUCAGCUUUA